GGAAGUGAUAAAUUGCGAAGAAAUCUGAUUAGAAAUAAGUGCAUCACCCAAACUCACCUCAUCGGUGAGGGGAAAGGGGCGUGGUGUAAGAGCGGUCAAUCAAGGUUUCCCAUGUGUAUGGAAAAACAUCUCGUCAGUGUUUGUGAUAACUUACUUGGGCAAGUACACAAUGGAUUUCAAUCUGUCGGCAGCUGUGGAGGAAGAAGUGAAGCCGCAGCAGGCUCAACAGGAUGAGAUAAGUUGGCCUUGGCGCAAGAAGGAUAAGGACAAGGGAGACUCCAAGUCCAAGUGUGACAAAGAUAAAUCUAAAAGUAAGGAAAAAUCUGAUGAUGGAGACAAGUCAAAGUCUGACAAAGGCCUAAAGGAGGUAAAGAAGGACAAGAAGAAGAAGAAGAAGAAGGAGGGGGAAAAUAAAUCAUCCUCAUCCUCAUCAUCCUCAUCCUCCUCUAGUUCUAAUGAGGAUUGAUUCCUCCUCAUGGGCUGGCCUGCUCUGAUCAUUCAUACGAGUGUUUGUUUAAGUGUCCAGUCAUACCAUCCUUUCUUCCUUCCUUCCUUUUAAUGGUGGUGUAAAAAAUGAUGCUGUUGUGUGAACAUAUAUGCUGAUUCUAUAAAGUAAAGGUAACUGUAACAAAUAA